ACAGAGCCUACACUUACCCUGAGCCCCACCUCUUCCUACAGUACCAUCAACAAUAGUGUCAACACUAAUACCAUCAUUACUAGGACUAUCACCAAUACCAUAUCUUAUGUGAACACUACUACCCUUAACAACAAUCUAACUACCAGUAACAGCACUGUUACCAGCAACAGUACUUUCGUUACCCUUGCUGUUAUCUCCAACACCACUACAACCACCAGCAACAAACUCUUAGUACAGAACUUGGUACAAAUGGCUACCAUACCAACUUUCAAGUGUACCAAACUUCUCAAACAGGGAGGAAGAACUUGCCAGAGGAUACCAGAUGGAGACAAGAAGGUGUGUUUGGACGAGUCGGUGGCCCUGUCUAGAUCUUCAUGUCUUGUGUACUCCUUCGGUAUCGGCCACGACUUUAGCCUAGACAAAUCCAUGGGAGAAUUUGGAUGUGAAGUAUUUGCCUUCGACGACGAUGAUUAUCACAACAUGUACAUCAAUAAUAUAAUGCCCAGGGUGCAUUUCAUUCACAUUCGCCUUGGUCACUCAGUAGUUUUCUUCACGGAGAUCAACAAGUUAAAGAACUCAACCUUCCUGUACCUGUACAGGCCGCUAGACAACAUUAUGUUCAUACUACAACAUUACACAGCUAACCUGCAACUUCUGAAGAUGGACGUGGAGGGAGACGAGUGGCAGAUCUUCCAGGACUCUAUCUUUAAGGUGUAG